UCGUCUUGCUGUAGAACCAACGAACCAAAUUCCUGAAAAUCAAAACCAGAGUUUGUCUUGUCAUCUUCAUCUUCCCUUUUGGAGUUACACACAAAUAUCUUCAUCCACAAAAAUCAUGAGGAGCUUUUCAAAGAACAAGUUCCUAUGUUUUCGCCCUGUCGUCGACAUAGAUUGCAUGUUAAAGUCCGAAGUUGCUCCUCAUCGUUCUUCUUCUCCCAGUCAUUUCUCACGCGUCCCCACUUCAGAGAAGCAACAAAUGGUCACGAAUUCAAAACCCAAAUCUGUAUACUUCCACCACGUUUCACCUAAACGGACGAUUUCUCGGGUGAUCAAAGCUGCGUUCUACGAAACCAUACUGAAUAAAAGAGAUCACCAUAAAAACCGCUACAUCCAUGAUUCAUUUGUGUACAAACACAAGAAUUUGAAGUAUGGGGAAAGAAAAACCCUUCAAUCGCCUUUGUCAACUUCAUCUUCAGCUUGCUCCGGCUCACACGCGUCAUCAGAAUCAACGAACGUUUCAAAUCACUACUCCACCAAGGAAAAAGGGAAAGAGGGUGGUCAUGGAAGCCCACUGGAGAAGCAAAAAAGGUUCGAGUGCUAUGGAAUAUACUUGGUUCUAUUCAGCUUAGCGUUUACGGUAUUUUGGGGAAAGCUUUUUGGUAUUCUUUUGACUUCAACAUUGCUCUACUUUUUCGCCGUUUGGGACUCGAGUUCUCCGUGCAAAAAAAGGUCACCAAAAAUUCCAAGGCUCAGAGAAAGUCCACAAGAUAAAGAUACCAGAAAUUAUCAUGACAUAGUUCAAGAUUAUCGCAUGGCCAUAGUCCCGUUUAGUUUUCACGUGACACAUGAUCGAAAACUUGAUCGUGUGUCAGAUGAUAAUUAACAAUGACUAUACUAAUCAAGAGCUUUAUGAUAGUUUUUGGUUAAUUAUGGGAAGCAAGUUCGCAGGGAACUAUUAGGAUGUACCAUAAUGGGGCAUUAAAUUUUGACGAGAGAAUGGUCCUUUUUCGUGCUUGGUGCAUGCUUCUACAUUCUCUGCUCUGCUAUCUCUAUGCUUAGUGUCGAAGCUUUCUUGGCAUAGCACAAAAGACAGUGACAUGAGUGCUCUUCCAGUGGCUAAGAUUGGAAAGAAUUGUAAGGGUGGGAGAGACAGAAGCAGCAGUUCCACAUUUAUUUCCCUUUGCCAUGCUUUUGUUUGGGUUUCUGACAUGACAAUACAUAUCUAACCGAUGCAAAGUAGGAAAAGUAGUUAAUGAAAUUUGAUAGGGAAAGAUGUUGGUUGUUGUAUUGAAAUUAAGUUUGAUUUGUACAGAAUUUACUUCUGAAAUAAUACGAGUGCAUUCGUGAUUUGUAGCUU